GCCAGCAGCAGCUGACCCGAGUGGGGAAAACCUGCGUCUGCACCAGCUCCGCCCCUGCUGCCGCCUUCCGCCCAGCUGCGCGCCCCGGCGGGGCUUAUGGAGGCCGGCGGCGUCUGGACGCGCAGCGCUGGAGAGGGCGGCCCGGAGCUGCAGCGGGGCAGCUGGACCAGGCGGCUACUUUUCAGGCAGCAUGCUGGCUGAUUCACAGAGGAUACCGCUCUGCUAGAGCAGCCAGCUAAUGGACUUUAAAGCAAAGUGGUGGAGGUCUAGGCAUUGGAUGUAGAGGAUCUGGCUUUGCCUCCUGUUGAUGAGAUAAGGAUGAUGCUCUCCGUCAUUUUCCAGGUGACCUGCAGCCUGACUGCCUGGCUCUCCCUUUAUGCCUGUUUCUGCUAUUGGAAUAAGCACCGUACUUACGAGUGGAGUUGCCGGCUGGUCACUCUGAUGCAUGGGGUCAUUGUCACCUGCCUCUCUGGCUACGUUGCUCUUAUCGAUGGCCCCUGGCCUCUAACUCACCCAGGGACGCCAAACACGCCUCUCCAGGUCCGCGUGCUGUGCCUUACCUUGGGUUACUUUAUCUUUGACCUCAGCUGGUGCAUGUACUUCAAGACAGAAGGAGAUCUCAUGCUGUCUCAUCACACAUUGAGUAUUUGUGGCAUGGUGCUCGUGCUGGGGCUCGGCAAGUCAGCCACCGAAAUCAAUGCCAUUGUCUUCGUCAGCGAGAUCACCAACCCGCUGCUGCAGGCCCGCUGGUUCCUGCGGGAAACUGGGUGCUACCACAGCUUCGUCGGGGAAGUGGUGGAUUUCUCCUUUGUGGCUCUCUUUAUGGUGCUGCGGAUUGGGGUGGGAGGCCAGAUCAUGUAUUCCGUGAUCGUCUCAUCCAGGCCCAUAUGGCUAAUCAAGGCUGGAGGCCUGGCUAUGUACAUCGUGUCCCUGGGGUUCAUGAUCGCAAUCUGCAGCUUCGCUAGGAGAAAAGUGUUGAAAAAGUACCAUGCCUGGAGGAGUGCGAGUAGUGGGGACGUGCCCCUGAAAACCAAUGGGCAUCUGACAUCUCAUUAGCCUUGUGCUGAAUGGACUAAUGUGUCUAACCUGGCACUAAGGGGCUGGAAAUCCUGGCCUGGACAGUUGAGUCCUGUGAGAGAGAGAACCGUUCAACACUGGCAAUAAUGUGAAAUGGACCAUUUAACACUGGUUAUCAUGAGCUAGGCCUGGAUGAGCCGGAAUGAGAUGGUUCUGUGGGUGUCUAGCAAAUGCUGAUGGGGAAGGGAAUCCUACAGAAGGGUGUGAAGGUACUAACUUCUCCAGCACUGUUACGGACUCAAAAGGGAGGCUAGCUACCACUCGAGCUGUUCAGUCUGCUCCAGGCAAACUGCACAGUCCAGGCACACUCUGUAACUCCAACUUACUUCUCGGAGAUAGUAGGUCUGUGGGGAGUCUGAUCUUCCCAGCUCUGUUGGCUGUGUGAAGUCGCUUGCUCUCUGCCUCGCUUUUCCAAGCUGCAUAAUAACAUAAUGCACACUUGGACGAGAGGCACCACACAAAUGCCAAGUAUUUAUUGUGGUUAAGCUUGGUAUCUUUAGAAGAAAAGUUGUUUUUCGAAGGGAUGGGACUGUAGUUGGGCUAAUAACUGAGGCAAUGUCUUUGCCUGGUUGUUUCUAAUGAAAUGCCUCUUUCUCCCUUAGUCCUGCCUCUGCUAUUGCUAUUUAUACUCUCACACAACCCAGUUCUGGUCUUAUUUGUGGCACUGUAACUUCAGUGGAGUUACUCUGGUGUCUCACUAGCAAAAGUGGGAUCAGAAUUGGGCCCAUCUGCUUAGCACACUUCUUUUUAGAGAGGUCUUCCCAUGGAGUGGUUCUUGUUGGCAUUCUUGGCAAUGCAAGACAAUGGACUGAAGGGGCUAUGGAGACCGAAGCCCACCCCUCACCCUGCUGCUAAAGGGAUCCUUCCAGGGGAAGGAUAAUAGAGGAGAAUCUUGUCCCGAUUCCAUACCUGCUCUGCAUAUGAACCAUCUCCAGAGGUGUGAAGCCAGACGCUUUUGUUAGUGCUAAAGUCACAUGAAAACCAGACACUGUUUUGCAGACGUGACCGUUCAAUGUCUGUGCGCAGGUGUGUAGGCUUCAAUGCAGUGCCCCUUCCCGGGCCUUGUUGCCCUGGAUCUGACGCAAUGGGUACCAGUUCUCAGGGGCACGUGUGUUUUCAUCUCCCUGCACUUGCAUUUGAUAUCCCUCUGGCUUUACUGUGUCGAUUGCAUUGUGCUGGAGACAGCCGCUCACGUUUCAGCUCUGCUGUAAAACCUCUCCUGUUACAGCUGAGGAACGAAUGGCCAUGGGUUGGCCUCAGGCUACCUAGGUUGAAUUCCCCACCCCUUCUGAAAGUUCAUCACGCUGGGAAGGGUGAGCCUUCCCCCUGCUCUAUCAAAUCCAUGGUGUCACUGCUACUGUGGGAGUUUGAAGACGGGAUGAAUGACUAUAGUGGGGAAUACGGCUCCCGUGGUGAUCAAGGGUCUUCUAUUCCCCACCCCCUUAUUCGGAACCUAUUGUUGCUGCCCGGCUUUGCACUGUUAUCUGCCUUGGGGUUGAGGGUGGGGGAAGUGGUGCACUCAGGUGAAUGAGGAAUGCAACAGUGUGUGAGAGGUGGGGUAGUGAAGGGGAGUAAGUGGGGGGAGAGAAUCUCAUGUGGGGACAGGAAAGGAAGCUGCAGUUGCAAGGAGCAAGUCGAAAAAUGAAGGGGAAUUGGAAGAAAAAGAGAGACGAUGCAGCCUCAAAGGUGGUUAAAUUUAUUCUGAAUGCGUUAUGGCUGGCAAUACAAAUGGAGUCUUUAUGGAAAUACACAUGCAAAUCAGCUGGAGCCCUUGGCUAUGCUAAGGUUGUGUGACGGGACUAGCAUGAGGCAUGAACUCCUUGCCCAAGUUUGAUUAUUAAUGCUCCAAGCUGAUAAGAUUUCUAAUAAAGUGACAGUCUUUUGUAACGUA